AACGUUUCUGCUUGUUCAUCGACGUGCUGCUCGCGAACAUACGUGUCGCUCUCCUGCACAACGGCUGCGACAUCAUCACUCUGGCGCAAGAGGGAAGAUAUCUCCAGAGGAACAUCAUCUUCAGUACUUGGGGUUAUUCCGUUUGAGCCAUCGAAGAGCUUCGUGAACGACUUGUCGGCGAACGCGGAAAGUGGAUAGAAGCCAGUUUUUUGGGAGCUUGCCAACGCCGAUCAAUUCCAUCCGUGUCGAGCUCGUAAGAGCUAACUGUGCCACGCAUUCCACGCUGUAGCUUCGUCGGAUCACGGCCGCCAACGCGAGGGUGGAGCUUGAAAACGAACACGCGAGGGUAGACAAGGGCGAUUAAGAGUUGUUCAGGAAAGCAAGGGCGAACUUUGGUGGCCUGUUGUCGUUGGCAACCAGAGAGCAGUAGCAAUGCGCGCAAACGUGCACGAAUGCCUCUUCUCCACGCUGCAAAACGCCCGCCGGAUCGAGGAGCAUGCCAUGGUAGAGGUCGUGCGCUGCGUGUGGACUGGCAGGCGCAAGACAGUGUGGAUUAGGGAGUGUUUGAAGUCGUCCGCACACCAUGGUCGCUACAGCUUUGUUGGACGUCGCUAAAUAGAAUCGACGGUACAAGAGUCUGCGCCGAUCUUCGUCCGGCAUGGCCAUGAACUGCGAGAUAUCCUUUUUUUCAAUGGUGCCGCCAAUGCCUGCUGGAAGUGCCUGAAUCUCCGUUGCACGCAUUCUGGCAUGCCGCGCCAGAUCUUCUCGUUCCUCGCGCUUGCGUUUCAAGCUCCUCAAAUUGGCGGCGCCUCGCUCGGCAAGAAUGUUUGCAGCGGCUGCGUGAAUGUCACGCAAUCGAACUGGGGGCACAUUCGAUUCGAUGAAGGCAACGAGUUCAGCCUUGCGUCGCGGAAACCGAGUGGGAUUAUCGAUGCCUUCCUGUGCAAGUGAUAGGAUCUGGGGCACAGUGAGGCCCCUGUUUUCUCAUUCAAUGUCUGGGACGAUCGGCGACAAACAUAUGAUCGAUUCGGGUUCCGCCCGCCUUUCUUCCCUACCACCACCAUGCUCACUGUGACCCCUAGCUUUGAAGAUUCAGCUUUCUAUCUUGGGCGACCGGACGAGGUCCUCGAGAACGUUACGUGGAAACGCUACAGCGACAGAAACUUGCUGAUUAUAAAGACAUCUGCUGCGUACGCUGAUGUCUCACCCGAAGCCCCUGUCAGCAGCGACAACGAGGACGAUAGCGCCGACCUCGACGCAGAACCGGCGAAUCUCAACUGUGUGGUCACCAUCGGCCACGACGGUUGCUGGAUGACGCCUUGUGGCAAUUGGCCGAUUGGAAGCACAUACGCAAAGGAACUGGCAGCGAUCAGACUGAACUGCCAGGCGCUGGCCCCGCAAGAUUCGAAGUACGCGACCCAUUACACACGGACUGUCGACGCUCUGCGCCGCAUCGUGGACCUCAUCAAGACGCCAGGGUAUACGCAGAAAGGGUUCAUGAGCCAAGGGUCAGGUGGAUUCAAAUUGCGCCACAUUCCCUUUGAGCAAGUAAAGCCCGGCGAGCAACUAGUAGGAUCGCACGAUCUGGAAGUUUGGCCGGCGCGUCAACCCGAAGCUCGAAAUGCUAUUCGGUUGAUGCUCAAGGAAGGCUCGCACGUCGUGCAUGGAAUACGAGCGUAUGACCGAGAUGGCAGGCUCAUCACACCGGAAGACUACAUGUCUAAGCUGCGCGGUGUGACCGUGAUGUUGACGAUGAACCUGUCUCACAUCGCCUUUCAAUCGAAGAAGGAGGAUUUGGUGUCUGCCGAUAUUGUCAAGAUGCGCAUCAUAGCUAACCAGUCUACUGCUCCGAGCCCUUUGAAGCGUGGAAAGCUGGCACUGCAUGACAGCGAAGAUGAGGAAGAGCAGAGCCCGACUAAGAAGAAGCGCUCUGUUUAUGGUGCCUAAUAUGUAUUCGUCUGCUGGUGCCUCAUAUGUAUUCGUCUACCGCCUGAGUCGUUCGAGAAUGAAUGUGAUUGUUCCUGUCCCAGACGCAA